AUGCAGCAAUCUCGCAAUGCAUUGGGGCCGGCCUCGCUCCUGCUGUGGGUGUCGCUCGUUCUGCAGCUCUUCGCCCAGCAGACGCUCGGUAGCGUGGUGCCCGUAACCGAAGAUCUGCUUGGGCGCCAGUCUGGCGGCCCCCCCGUCCCCAACAUCCCGCUCUGCGUGCCCCCGCUGCUCACCUCACCACUCACCGGAAAGUAUCCCCCCUCGGCAGUCACAACCGUCCAGACGGGCAAGAACUGUAAUCAGUAUGGCGACCCACCCGCACGCAUCCUCUCCAAUAUCGAGUCGCCCGACGGUCUGCAAGACCUCCUCCAGAUCUGCCACGGCGAGAUCGUCCAGAUGACAGACAACACCGGCAAGCCGCGCGCCAUGUGCUUCUAUGCCAAUCCCAAGUCCACCAAAGACAAGCCCUUGCCGCUCCUCGUCUGGCUUCAUCCCUCGCUGGUCAGCCCAUCGUAUUCCUUCCCGCUCACUGGCAUCGAUCUAGUACGUGACACGCAGUCCCUCAACAACGAGGAUGCCUCGCGCCUCGGCUUUUCCUACAUCCUCCCCGCCGGUCGCAACACCGAGCACCAGUACCCCGUGCCGGACAACGUCGGGCUCGGCUGGGACAACUGGUACCGCAACCUCGACCGCUCCUCGCCUGCGCUCAACGCCGAUGUCUCGUUUGUAGACAAGGCCAUCUCCUACGCCAAGGCGCAUGUGCCCGUCGACUCGCGCCGCGUCUUUAUGUCCGGCUGGUCCAACGGCGCCGCCAUGUCCGAGCUCUAUGCCGCCAACACCGACGGCAUCGCAGCCGCAGCUGUCUACAGCGCUCCCGAUCCUUAUCGAGACUCGCAGGAUCCGUGCACCCAGGUCCCAUAUCCCAAGUUUGCAACACCCGUGCGUGACGUGCACAAUUACUGCGACCUCAUCGGCAUCUGCACCACCGGUCAGUACUACUAUGCCGACCUCAAGAAGCGCUAUCCUGCGCUCAAGCAGAGCCUCGUCGUCAUCGACACCCUCACUGCCGCCAUCAAGGGUACGGACGCCAGUGCAAGCUGCGAUCCCGUAUGCCAGGGUGCGUGCGGCGUCACUCAAGGCUUGGUCGCCCACCUUCGGUGGCCCGCCACUCGCAACACCGACACCUUUUUCGCCUUCCUCCGCAGCAACCCUCUGCCCUCCUCGGGCACCUGGGGCCCUCCUUAG